AUGUCUUCAACAUUAACAAAAAAACCUAAUAGACUUGUAUCAAAUAAUAAAGGAUUUUGUAGUGUAUUUGGUAUAAAAGCUGCUAUAAUUAUUGUCAGUUUUCUUCUUUUGGUAGCUGUUUUAUCAUUAUUUUAUUUAUCUUCUUGGACAAUUGCAACCAAACAUAAAUUUGCUUUACUUGCUUCUGCAUAUUUAUAUACAACAUCAACUUAUUUCUUAUUAAUUUCGGCUUCAAUUACAACGAUAGCAAUUAUUGCUCUUUUUAUGACAGCAUGGAAUGAAAAUGAAAAAGGAUUAAAAUUAACACUACUUAUAUUAAUACUGACAUUUGUUUUUGAAAUAACUGCUGGUCUUUUAGCAUUUGGUUAUACCGUACAUCUUGAAGAACGUUUAUCAGAAAAUUUACUUGAAACUAUUCAACAUAAAUAUUUAUAUGAUAGUGGAAAAACUGAAACAUUUGAUCAAAUGCAAAGACUUCUUCGAUGUUGUGGUUCAAAAUCAUUUAAAGACUGGCAAUUAAAUACACAUUUUAAUGUAUCUAUGGAUUCAGCUGUACCUGAUAGUUGUUGUAAAUCAUAUGAACCAAAAUGUGCUCAGAAACCAUAUGGAAAACAUCCAUCGAAUAUAUUUUAUAAGGGCUGUUCAUCUGCACUCUAUAAUUUUUAUCAUACACAUUUAGUUACACUUGGAUGUAUUACAAUAGGUGUUGCUUUUCUCCAGAUAUUUACAAUUAUUUUAUUGGUUUGGUUAAUCAAACGUAUUGAUAAAUUAACAGGAUUUAAUCAUCCAGUUAUACCUCCAACGAAAGUUCGUCGUUUAUCGAAUGAAAUUACAUAUUAUCCAAUACAAUCAUCAGCAUCAGUCAAAUAA